AUGUCUUUCGAAGAAUCUGACGACUCUUCUGGUCGUAAGGACGGUGUGCAUCAAAAAGAUAAGCUGGUUGUGGAAGUUCUUCCUUUCGAAGAUGAACUUGCUUAUGAUGCAGAUGAGCGUAAAUUGAGGUUAGCAAAAGGCACACAAUGGAGAGACGUAUUAACUGUUCUAUGUGCUGGGUUUGCCUUGAUUUCAGAUGGUUACCAAAAUAACGUUAUGACAAUGCUUAACAAGGUAUUUGCGAUUAUUUAUCCAAAACUUUAUGGCGCAAACUUAUCUGCCCAAGUUUCAAAUGCUUCUUUAGUGGGUACGAUCUUUGGUCAAGUUGUUGUUGGCUUCACAGCAGACUAUAUUGGUCGUAAGUGGUCAAUUGUUUUGGGAACCGUCUUCAUUAUUCUUGGAAGUACUAUGUCUGCUGCAGCUCAUGGUAUAACUCCUUUAGGGAUGUUCUGGAUGUUGACGGUUUCAAGAGGUGUAACUGGUUUCGGUGUCGGUGCCGAGUACCCUAGUUCUUCUGUGAGUGCAAGCGAAGCUGCAAAUGAAAGUAUCAAGAGAAGAGGACGUGCCUUUGUCCUCUGUACCAACUUACCAUUGAGUUUUGGUGGACCCUUUGCCUUAAUUGUAUUCUUAAUUGUUAACAAAAUUACAAAGACUGACUUGGAAGGUCUUUGGAGAACAAUGUUUGCCAUUGGUUGUUUCUGGCCCUUGGUCAUCUUUUACUUCCGUUGGAAGAUGGCAACAAGUGAAUUAUUUAAAAAGUCUGCAAUCAGAAAGCAAAUGCCACCUUAUUUCCUUGCUUUGAAAUACUAUUAUCCACGUUUAAUUGGUACAUGUGUUUGUUGGUUCUUGUAUGAUUUUGUCACCUUCCCUAAUGGUAUCUUCCUGGCUAACAUUAUCUCGUCUGUUAUUGCUAAAAAGGAUAGUAAGAAUUUGGAAGUUAUUGCAGAAUGGAACCUUUUAUUGGGUAUCAUUGCAAUUCCAGGUGUGAUUAUAGGUGCUUUCCUCAUGGACCAUCUUGGACGUAAAUACACCUUAAUCAUAGGGUUCAGUGGUUAUAUUGUGUUUGGUUUAAUUGUUGGUUUAGCAUAUGAAAAAAUCAAGAAAAUAACUCCACUUUUCAUAAUUUUCUACGGCUUGAUGAUGAGUUGUGGUAAUUUGGGUCCCGGUGAUGUCAUGGGAUUGGCCAGUAGUGAAUCAUAUGCUACUCCCAUCAGAGGUAUCGGAUAUGGGAUAUCUGCUGCUAUUGGUAAAGUUGGUGCUGUUGUUGGUACCAAGACUUUUACCCCUAUCAGAGAUAACUUGGGUGAAAAAUGGACAUUUAUUAUUGCUGCUUGUUGUGGUCUUGCUGGUGUAAUUAUAGGUGGUCUUUUCAUCCCACAUUUAAACGAUGAUGAUUUAAUGGAAGAGGAUAUCAAGUUCAAAAGAUAUUUGAGAGAGAACGGUUGGAAUGGUGAAUUUGGUGUGAAAGAAGAGUUGGAAAGAGACAAAAGCAACAACAUUGACUAUGAAUAA